CUGUUUCCCAGUCGGGCGGUAGCGCUGUGGGAGGGAAUUGGCAAUCUCGCUGCCUACGUGGGAGAGAAGGGAGGGUUGGGGGAAGUGUGGAAAACCUGAACCUGAGCUGCCGCCGCCUGAGGAAGAUUUGGUGGGAGAAGUAGAAGGGAAGAAACGGGUUGAGUGUGGGGUAAGGCGGGCACCCACGUCGCUGCUCCCGAGCGGCACAAAGUUCUUCACGAUGUGGCUGAAGCCGGAGGAAGUGCUCCUGAAAAAUGCGCUGAAGCUGUGGCUGAUGGAAAGGUCCAACGACUACUUCGUGCUGCAGCGGCGUCGGGGCUACGAAGAGGAAGGCGGAGGGGGGCUCACAGGGCUUCUGGUUGGGACUCUGGAUUCGGUUUUAGACUCUACUGCUAAAGUAGCUCCAUUUCGCAUCCUACACCAGACACCAGAUUCUCAAGUUUACUUGUCAAUUGCAUGUGGAGCCAACAGAGAAGAAAUAACCAAGCAUUGGGAUUGGUUGGAACAAAAUAUUAUGAAGACCUUAUCUGUAUUUGAUUCAAGUGAAGAUAUUACUAAUUUUGUACAAGGAAAGAUAAGAGGAUUAAUUGCUGAAGAGGGAAAACAUUCUUUUGCAAAAGAAGAUGAUCCUGAGAAAUUCCGAGAAGCCCUUUUGAAAUUUGAAAAAUGUUUUGGUUUACCAGAGCAAGAGAAGUUAGUGACCUAUUAUUCGUGCAGUUAUUGGAAAGGACGGGUUCCUUGUCAGGGUUGGCUUUAUCUUAGCACCAACUUUCUGAGCUUCUAUUCUUUUUUAUUGGGAUCAGAAAUAAAACUCAUUAUCUCCUGGGAUGCCAUCUCAAAACUUGAAAAGACUUCAAAUGUCAUACUAACAGAAAGUAUUCAUGUGUGUUCCCAAGGGGAGAAUCACUACUUUUCAAUGUUUUUACACAUUAACCAAACAUACCUUCUUAUGGAACAGCUGGCAAACUAUGCCAUAAGGAGACUUUUUGAUAAGGAAACAUUUGCUAAUGACCCAAUCCUUGAGGAUCCUCUACAGAUUACCAAAAGAGGUCUAGAAAAUCGAGCCCACAGUGAGCAAUUUAAUGCCUUUUUUAGGCUGCCCACAGAGGAGACGUUGAAAGAAGUACAUGAAUGUUUCUUAUGGGUACCAUUCAGCCACUUCAAUACUCAUGGAAAAAUGUGCAUCUCAGAAAACUAUAUCUGCUUUGCUAGCCAAGAUGGCAGUCUAUGUAGUGUAAUCAUUCCAUUACGAGAGGUCUUAGCUAUAGAUAAGACAAAUGAUUCCAGCAAAUCUGUCAUCAUUAGCAUCAAAGGAAAAACAGCUUUUCGCUUCAGUGAAGUUAAAGACUUUGAGCAACUGGUGGCAAAACUCAGGCUCAAGUGCGGGGCAGCUUCAACUCAAUAUCACGAUAUUAGCACAGAGCCUGCUAUUAGUUCUGAUUCUACAGGACCAUCUGAUAAUUUUGAGGUGCAAUCUUUGACAUGUCAGAAAGAAUGCAGUAAAACUGUGAACACUGAAGCCUUAAUGACAGUAUUUCACCCUCAGAAUUUGGAGAAUCUUAAUUCUAAAAUGUUGAAAGAAAAGAUGAAGGAACAGUCAUGGAACAUCCUAUUUGCAGAAUGUGGGCGUGGUGUUAGCAUGUUUCGGACCAAAAGGACUCGAGAUCUGGUUGUUAGAGGGAUUCCAGAGACUUUAAGAGGAGAGCUCUGGAUGCUUUUUUCAGGUGCUGUUAAUGACAUGGCUACUAAUCCUGGCUAUUAUGCAGAAGUGGUUGAGCAGUCCUUAGGGACCUCCAACUUGGCUACUGACGAAAUUGAACGUGAUUUGCGUCGCUCUCUGCCUGAGCACCCAGCCUUUCAAAGUGACACUGGUAUAUCUGCUCUGAGGCGGGUACUUACUGCUUAUGCAUACAGGAAUCCCAAAAUUGGAUACUGCCAGGCAAUGAACAUUUUGACUUCAAUGCUACUUCUAUAUGCAAAAGAAGAAGAAGCUUUUUGGCUUCUGGUUGCUGUAUGUGAACGAAUGUUGCCCGAUUAUUUUAAUCGUCGAAUCAUUGGUGCCUUGGUGGAUCAGGCAGUCUUUGAAGAACUUAUCAGGGAUCACCUCCCUCAGUUGACAGAACACAUGACUGAUAUGACAUUCUUUUCCUCAGUUUCUCUCUCAUGGUUUCUCACACUUUUUAUUAGUGUGCUACCUAUUGAAAGUGCAGUGAAUGUAGUGGACUGUUUCUUCUAUGAUGGAAUAAAGGCCAUUUUGCAACUGGGAUUGGCAAUACUUGACUAUAAUUUAGACAAACUGCUGACUUGUAAAGAUGAUGCUGAAGCCGUGACAACUUUAAACAGGUUCUUUGACAAUGUCACUAAUAAGGAUAGCCCAUUGCCUUCAAGUGUUCAGCAGGGUUCAAAUGUGAGUGAUGAAAAAAGCAGUCAUAUUAGAGUGGAUAUUACAGAUUUGAUUAGAGAGUCAAAUGAGAAAUAUGGUAAUAUUCGCUAUGAAGAUAUACACAGUUUGCGCUGUCGAAAUAGGCUGUAUGUGAUACAGACCCUAGAGGAAACAACAAAGCAGAAUGUGUUGCGUGUUGUAUCACAAGAUGUGAAAUUGAGCCUUCAUGAAUUGGAUGAACUUUAUGUCAUCUUUAAGAAAGAGCUAUUUUUAUCUUGUUAUUGGUGUUUGAGUUGUCCGGUAUUGAAGCACCAUGACCCCAGUCUGCCAUAUUUGGAACAGUAUCAGAUUGACUGCCAGCAGUUCAGAGCGUUGUAUCACUUGCUGAGUCCCUGGGCUUAUUCUGCAAACAGAGAUUCACUAGCUUUAUGGACAUUCAGAUUGUUGGAUGAAAACUCUGACUGCCUUAUAAACUUCAAAGAAUUCUCCUCUGCAAUUGACAUAAUGUACAAUGGAAGUUUUACUGAGAAGCUCAAGCUGCUUUUUAAGCUUCAUAUUCCUCCAGCUUACACUGAAGUGAAAUCUAAGGACCCUUCAAAAGGAGAUGAACUUUCCAAGGAAGAAUUACUUUAUUUCAGUCAACUCCACGUUUCCAAGCCUGCAAAUGAGAAGGAAGCAGAAUCAGUAAAAAACAGCCCUGAAAAAGGCAAAGGAAAAAUUGAUAUUCAAGCAUAUCUAAGUCAAUGGCAAGAUGAGCUUUUGAAAAAAGAAGAAAACAUUAAGGAUUUACCAAGAAUGAAUCAGUCACAAUUUAUUCAGUUUUCAAAGACCCUCUAUAACUUAUUUCAUGAGGACCCUGAAGAAGAGUCAUUAUAUCAAGCCAUUGCUGUCGUAACCAGCCUUUUGCUUAGAAUGGAAGAAGUUGGAAGAAAACUGCAUAGCCCUACAUCAUCAGCCAAAGGAUUCUCUGGUACAGUCUGUGCUUCUGGAGGACCCAGUGAGAGGGAAACAGAGAGCCACUUGGAGAAAGAUCCCUCCUCUCCUAAGGCAGAACCUCAGUGGUCAUUUGCAUUUGAACAGAUUCUUGCAUCUCUCUUGAAUGAACCAGUUUUGGUGAGGUUUUUUGAGAAACCCAUAGAUCUAAAAGCCAAGCUAGAAAAUGCAAAAACCUCUCAGUUAAGGUCUAGAACCAAGAUGUAAAUCUCUUAAAAGGAAUUACUUAUCAUAGACAAGUUUACCAAGAUUCCUAUAGCUAUCAGCUUGAUUCCUGGGAGUAGGGCUCAGGGAUUUAUCUUGUUAUCAAUGUGUUUAAAGGCAAAAAAAAAAAUUCAGAAGCACAAUGCAUCAUUCCUUUAUGAUAAUCUCAAAUUUUGAUACUCUCAAAUACAAAUAUACUUUUUUAUAUUUCACAAGAUAUGCAAUAUCAGGGGAGUAUGCAAAUGCUACCACCAGAGGGCACCAGCAUAUCACUUUUAGUAAGGAAAUUACUAGAUUGUUUUGCUUUUUAUAUAUGAAUUACUGAUGAUUUUGAAAAGAUGGUGUUAUGUUUGAGUGUUAGUAAUGCUGUUAUGUCAUAUCAAGAAACCCUUCUUUCCAAAUUGUCUCAGUCCUAUUAGAAUGCUUUAGAAAACUGGGCUCUUAGUUUAGAGCCUUAAUUAUCUAGAUUGGGACCAUUUAGGACACUCAUUUUCAAGUUAUUUAACAAAAAUACUGUUAAGUUUUUAAAGUUAAUCUCAUUCAGUCUUCUAGUGAUGAUUUUUUAAGUAACUUAUGCAUUCUUCCUACCUGAGUGGUUCAGAAGCUACUAACUCAACGCUGCUAACUCUGAUACUGAUAAAAGCAAAUUAAGAACUCUAAACUCUGGCCUGAUAUAAGGAAAAGUAAUAUUGGAUUUGGAUUAAAAGUUGGAUAAAGUCAGCCUUCUCAGAAGAGUUAAGAAACAGUUCAAUUAACUGUAUAGGUAUCUCAUUAGACUGAGAAAUUAUGAGGAAAUUCUCUGAGAACUGCUGUUUGUGGCAUUUUUCUCAGACUAGCUUAUGUCUGCUUUGGUUCUAGCUUAAGGUUUUAGAUUUUCACCAGUCAUGUUUUAAUUUACAUUAGAUAGUAAAGAAUAGUUACACUAAGACUUAAUUGUGUUAGUCUGGGAAGCACAUCAAGUGUAUUUGUGUGUAAUGAUUGCCAAGGUCAGGUAUGGAAUUGCUGACGUCUAUCUAAAAAGUUUUGACUAUCUGAUUUAGAUGUGUAAUUUCUAUAUAUUUUAUGCUGCUUUCACUUUAGUCAUUACAAUGACAGUCCAUGUAGAGAUAAUGGGUUUUAUUAGCACUUU